UGCGCGAAGCGAUUCACCUACACCUUCCUGGCUGGCUCAGAAACACCAGAAUAACUUGACAUAGUAUUAAAAAUACCCAGUAACAUCACAUUACCAAAAGAAAGGGACAUUUUUAUAUGAGAUAUCAAUAACGAGUUGGCUCUGCCGGGAGUUGUUGGAGAUUUCACCGGAGCAUUUUCGGACCACCUCGAAGAAAACGCUGGAGAGACUUGUUGCUUCAACACGUUUGACGGUGCUUUUUAAAAUCGUCAUCGAAGUUUUGUGUCUCUCCCUAGUCUGCUCCAGGCUUAAGCUUGGAGAGCCCAACCGCCACGAUUGAUCCCAGCAGCUGGAGCGGCAGUGAGAGCCCUGCCGAGGAUCUGGAGAGGAUGAGCGACUCGGCAGACAAGCCCGUAGACAAUGAUGCCGAGGGGGUGUGGAGCCCUGACAUUGAACAGAGCUUCCAGGAGGCCCUGGCUAUCUAUCCUCCUUGUGGACGCAGGAAGAUCAUCCUUUCUGAUGAGGGAAAGAUGUACGGUCGAAAUGAGCUGAUAGCUAGAUACAUCAAGCUUCGGACCGGGAAGACGAGGACUCGUAAGCAGGUGUCUAGUCACAUUCAGGUUCUUGCCAGAAGGAAAUCUCGUGAGUUUCAUUCCAAGCUAAAGGUUACAAGCAUGGACCAAGCCGUGAAGGACAAAGCCCUCCAGAGCAUGGCCUCCAUGUCCUCGGCUCAGAUCGUCUCUGCCACGGCUAUUCACAACAAGCUCGGCCUGCCAGGCAUCCCGCGCCCAGCCUUCCCUGGAGCAGGGUUAUGGCAGGGUAUGAUAUCGGCUGGUCAGCCAGGAUCAUCACAAGAUAUUAAGCCUUUCACCCAGCAAGCCUAUCCCACCCAGCCAACAGUCACAACAGCCAUUUCAAGUUACGAGCCCACAGCAGCUCCAGCGCCCACAGCACCAGCAUGGCAGGGCCGCUCCAUUGGUACAUCUAAACUCCGACUGGUGGAGUUCUCCGCCUUCCUCGAGCAACAGAGGGACCCAGACUCAUACAACAAGCACCUAUUUGUACAUAUCGGGCAGACAAAUCAUUCCUACAGUGACGCCCUGCUGGAGUCGGUGGACAUUCGUCAGAUUUAUGAUAAAUUUCCAGAAAAGAAAGGAGGACUGAAGGAGCUGUACGGAAAAGGUCCCCAGAAUUCCUUCUUCCUUAUAAAAUUCUGGGCUGACUUGAACUGCAACAUUCAAGAUGAUACUGGAUCUUUCUAUGGAGUCACUAGUCAGUAUGAGAGCUCGGAGAACAUGACCAUUACAUGUUCAACAAAGGUCUGCUCCUUUGGCAAACAGGUGGUCGAGAAAGUUGAGACUGAAUAUGCACGCUUUGAGAAUGGACGCUUUGUCUACCGAAUAAGCCGGUCUCCCAUGUGUGAAUACAUGAUCAACUUCAUCCAUAAGCUAAAACAUCUACCAGAGAAAUAUAUGAUGAACAGUGUGCUGGAGAACUUCACUAUCUUAUUGGUGGUGACGAAUAGAGAUACCCAGGAGACGCUGCUAUGUAUGGCGUGUGUGUUUGAGGUUUCAAACAGCGAGCACGGCGCCCAGCAUCAUAUCUACAGACUGGUCAAGGAAUGAGAGCUUCCCUUCAACCCCCUUCUUUUCAUAGACUUACCAACCUCAAAACAAGUGGCAGUGCCUCUACCUGAAAGUCACACCUACAAUGCUUUUUGGUCAUGGUAUCGGGUGAAGUCAGUUGUUUUAAAUUUGUUUUGAUAUAAGUGUUUGUUAUUUGACUGCAGCUGUGAAUUGCGGUACAGUUGUUUUAUGUUUAAAUACGGGAAUUCGCGUUUAAAAGAUGUUGAGUUGGUCUCUGUUGAGUAUAAAUGUGGCCGUUCUUAAAGAAUUUACUAGAUUCAUUUGGUAAAUGGAAAUAUGUGUGUUGUCUUCUUCUGCUUUGUUACGUAGACUAAAGGAAAAAAAAACAAAAAAAAAAAAACAGAUGCUGGCCUUUUCUACCAGCAACCUGAUGUGGUCUUUGUAAUAUGUUUGAGUGUGUUUUUAUAUGUCUGUAGUUCAUAAUUUAUGAGCAUACAUACUGUAGAUAUACAGACAUGCACCCACAGUCAAUAGAUUUUCCAAAGAAACAAUACUAACACAACACUACAUAUAUAGUAGCUGAAAGCAAGUGGUUGUGAAUAUUGCAAAAUUACAGUUAUAUUAAAAAAAAAAAAAAUCAGCUUUCA